UGGACUCGGUGUCCACAGCCAAGCCACGAAAAAUGCUUAUUUCCUCCUCUCGGAAAUGACGAGCACCAUCACCACCAUGACUAGCUCUCAAGCUUUGCUCUGCAGUAGCAGCAGUUUCUACUUCCAUGGAACCAAACCCGUUCUUUGUUCAAACCCAUCACUCUGUCAUUCCCCAAAACAAGUUCACCAACGGAGAUUUGUUCUGGCAGCCAUGGAUGCCAAAACAUCAUCGUCUACGAAUUCGAUCAUAACCUCGAAGAGGGAUUUGAAACUGAAGAAACUUGCAUGUUGCGCAGUUCCCGAGAAAUCCACCUCCUCCAAUGAAGAGCUGGAUGGUAAUUUUCGGAGAGUGCUUCAGUUUUUGCUGUGGGUUGCUGAGGGAGUCUACAUUUUGUGGCUUUUUCUUCUCCCUUAUGCCCCUGGAGAUCCGGUGUGGGCCAUCAGUUCAGAAACAGUAAAUUCUCUAGUGGGGCUUUCUCUGAAUUUCUUCUUUAUAUUACCUUUGAUGAAUUCUGUUGGCAUUCGUCUCAUUGAUGCUCCUGUUCUUCAUCCGAUGUCUGAAGGACUCUUCAAUUUUGUCAUUGGAUGGACAUUAAUGUUCGCGCCUUUGCUGUUCACUGAUCGUAGAAGAGACAGAUACAAAGGGUCCCUGGAGGUUUUGUGGGGCUUUCAGAUGUUCCUAACGAACACAUUUUUAAUACCUUACAUGGCUAUCCGACUGAAUGAAGCCGAACCAAAUGAGACUCCGAGCAAGCGCUCGCGGCUGGGGGAUGUGAUGACUAAUGGUGCUGCCAUUGUCGGACUUACUGGUGGGCUUGUAUGUCUCAUAUCUGCACUGUGGGCACUCUUUGGUCGAAUGGAUGGUAAUUUUGGGAGCAUUUCAGAUAGAUGGGAGUUUUUGGUCGGUUAUCUUGGAUCAGAGAGAUUGGCUUAUGCAUUCAUUUGGGAUAUAUGUCUUUAUCUUGUCUUCCAGCCUUGGUUAAUUGGUGACAACCUUCAAAAUGUUCAGAAAGACAAGGUUAGUAUAGUAAAUUAUCUAAGAUUUGUUCCAGUGGCUGGUUUAGUUGCUUACCUUCUUUACUUGAAUAUUGAUGAUGAACUCUAAGCUGUAUAUUCAGUGUAUACGAGUCUGACAGUGUUAAUAAUAUUUAUUUUUUACAACACUGAA